UAGAUUGAUUGCUUUGAGUGCUUUGAUUGUGUUUGUCUGCUUCUGCUUGUGUGUGUCUUAUGUACACAUUCAUCGAUCGGUCACAUGUACACGUACAUGUACGCGCAGAAAUGGCCUCACUCUCAGUCUUGUUGGCUAUCUGACGUAUAUUUCUAUCGCCGACACCUGUACACCAACCACGGCAGCACACACACAAAACAAAAGGCAAAUGGUCCGAUGCGUCUUAUUCUCAUCGUCGUCUCAUCCCUUACCCCCCAUGAGUGGUGCAGCGGGUUGUUCUGAGUAAUCGUGCUACCUGCCACACACAAACAAUCCACGGCACAUAUGCUGCCCGCCCGAAUUGUGCGGAUUGUGUUCUCCGCUCACCAAAUGCGAGGGCGACGGUCGGCUGGUUGUGUGGCAGCACCACGUCCACUGGCACGGCGAACUUGCCCUCGCUCGCAGUGACGUCCCCACACAGAUUGACGCCAUUGACCGUCUCCGCCUGUGUGUGGCGCUCCGUCCACACAAACGUCAUCCCACCUGCACACAGACGGACAGAAAGUGAAUGUAACAUGAAACUGAAUGCAUGAUGUAGGCCUACAUACCUUCGCUGCCAAUGUUGGCUUUCAUAUAUCCGCUUUCGCCGACCCAGUCAUCGAUGAAGUGGAACGUGGCCUUUAUUCUAAGGUGCGAGUGGGGUGGAAGCCCCGAAAACACCUUCGAUACCUCUUUCUACACACACAUGGGCACGCAUCCACUGAACAGUGACGCCUCGCUCUUAUGUGUUUCGCUGACCUGUGCGAACUCCCCGUAUCCGCCGAGCAUGGAUGUACCGGCGCAGUGGGUCACUGCGUUGGCGUCCCACCCUUCUGCCGUCCCGUCGGCAAAGGACUCCUCCGAUAACAUCCGCCACUGCGGCACCCCCUGCACCAACAACCCUCUUGUCACGUCAAGGGACCUACACGCGCACAGGCAGACAGAUGGGGGACCGUGGAAGUUGGCGGCGAUGUUCGAUGCUCACUCGACAAGGAGUUCUGGCGCUGCGAUUUGGACCAUACUGUCGUUGGUGAUCAUGAGAAGGGGCGCAUCUUGCCUCGAUAUGGUGAAGACGCUGCCCUCACUGACGCACAGCUUGUAGCCGUCCGUUGCCGUGCCCAUCUUGAUGCAGGCCGGCUGUUCAUUGAUGGACUCCACGUGCACCUCCCCGACAACAACCCGGCCCUUGAUGGUCGGGGAGCGUGAGGCUGCAAUGGACGGAAGGACUACAAAAAAGAAGGCCAAGGCAAGGACGGACGACUCCCUCUCGCAUCCUUGCAUAGGUAUUGCUGGUAUUCGGGCAGCAAAGGGUCCC